UCCAAGCAUCCAAGUCCUACAAGGGAGAGAGAGCAAGUGGUCUAUGUCUCAGGUCUCAAGGGUAGCCCCAAGCCAUGCCCCAGUACUUCAAGGUCAUGGGUAAGUAGGACAGUUACCUGCUAUAUCUCUAGGGCUGGUUUUACAAGGUCAUAGACAGAACAGCUAUCCACCACCAUGUCAUCUAUCAGAAGCCUCUCAUUAGUACCCAGCCCUGCUCUGGUCUCUCUCCUGACAUUUUCCCACUCCCAUCUUCUCUCUGUCCUCCAGCACCACCCUGAAUCUUUCCUUCCCCUCCCACUUCCACACACCCCAUCUAUGGACUUUCAGACAAUAUAAGAUAAUAUAAGUCCAAAUCUCUCCAUCUCCAAUGCUACUCCCAGCUUUGUGCCGCUUAAUUCUUUUUUAUUUGUGUGUAUAUGUAUGUGAUGUAUGUGUGCAUGCAUUUGUGUGUGUGUGUGUGUGUGUGUGUGUGUGUGUGUGUGUGUGUGUGUGUGUGUAUAAUUCAGGCUUGUACAUGUUAUGGCCUCCAUGUAGAGGUCAAAGGAUAAUCCAUGUAGAGGUCAUAGGUCCUGUGUUAAUCUUCAACUUUGUUUGAUACAGGUUCUCUUUGUGUUGGUUUUUGUGUUAGUUCGGUUGGCUUCUCCCAUUGCAUAUGUCAGACUAGCUGGCCCACGAGCUUCUAGGGAUUCUCCUGUCUCCACCCACCAGCCCCCUGUAGACUUGCUGGAGUUAGUCUGGCUUUUAUGUGGUUCUGGGGACUCAAGUUCAGGCCUCACGCUUGCAGAGUGAGUACUUUCACCCACUGAUCCAGCCCUUAGGCCUGUGCCACUAAAUCCUUAUGCUAAAAUUCUUUUGAGGAAGAAUGCCACCCAAGUGCCCCUUACCACAUACUCUUGUUAGCCCACCAUCCAAAGAUGUCAGCAACUGGCUGAUGGUCCAUUUCCUGCCCACCUCCAGACAUCACAAGACACUUCACGUCCAGGAGUUCCUGGUCUAGUAUUCAAUGACUUUGGAGCCUAAUCUCCUCCUGACUUUUCAUUCCAAUGAUGUUGAAUCCAGUCCUCAUGGCUGGUCCCUGGACUUGGACAUCUGGGCUUCUACCUGUUUUAAAAUUCUGUACAUUGGUCUCCACCCUCCAAUUGCUAGAGUUUGAAGGUGGUUUAUAUAAGUUUUCUAAAGGCCUAUGUGCUAGAGACCUGGUCCCUGGUGUGGUGGUUUUGAGGAAGUCGGACCUUUCCAUGGUUGGACAUAGUGGAAGAUGGUUGGUUCACUGUUCAUUAGGGGCACUGCCUCAAAGAGGAUUGACCCAGGUUUGCUUGUGGGACCCAGGCAGCUCUUGAGAAAGGGCCAUUUUUAAAGCAAGGCCAUCGGCAAGUCCUUGCUCCUUCUUCACAUGGCUGUUUCCCUUCUCAUUUCUCUACCACAUCAUGAUACAGACAAAGGGAACCUCACCGGAAGCUGAAAAGAUGGUGCUACCCAAUCUUGGAUUUUCAACAUUCAAAACUGUCAGCAAAAUAGAUCUCUUUUCUUUACAAAAUAGUCAGCUUCAGUUGUCUUGUUCAAGCAAAGGAAAACAGAUUAACAAAGCAACUUUAAUCAGCCUUCCCUCAACUUUAUCCAUGUCAUGUUCACUCUUUCCUCCUCUGUGACAUAAAGACGUUCAAUGACCCAAAUUCUUUCCUCAGCCUACCUGUCCCUCUGAUAUCAUUUCUUCUUUCUAUAUAAUUAUGCGGUCAGUCGCCCAGUCAUUUUCUCUAAAGCACCAGGAAUUUCUUUGGCACCCUCUCCUUCUCACUCCUGCCUUUAGAUCCCCCCAAACCUCCUGUAUAAUCCAGCACAGGAUUCCUUCCAAAUACAUAAUUGAACAUCAGCUGAAAUGAGAACCAGACCCUCAACUCUGCCUAGCAAUCUCUUUACACCUUGCUGGCCAGGCAUUUGCCCAGAGCAAUGAGCUUACUCUAAACAUGGAGGGUUUUCUCUAUCAGCAGCCAUCUUUAUCUAGGGUAUCCCAGCAACCUCACGAAUUCAGUUCAUCCAAAAGUAAACUUAGUGUUCCCGCCAUAAUCCCAUCUCAGUGAACAUUAUGAUUUCCGGCAUCUGAAAUUAAUUAUCAGAGUCAGCCCCAGUCACUGCAUACUUGUUAUAAUGGUAUUUGGCCAACUGAGGCAGGAGAAUCACUAAUUAAAUUCCAAGCUUGAUCCAUAGUAAGAUCCUGUCAGGAAAAAAAAAAAAUCCCACUUCUUCCUUUACUCUCAAAUGUCAAUCAAUUACCAUUCCCUCUCAACCCCACCCUAUUCUACACAUCACCACGUUCAUCUUUCCCACCUGGACCGCUCUGCUACCCCUGUAGUUAGCCUUAUCAACUCGUUUCAACUUGGUCCUUUUGCUACUUUUUAAUUAAAAAAUAAUUACAUCAUUUCCCUCCGUUCCCUUUCUUUCCUCCAACUCCUCCCACACCCACUCCACCCCUCACCCCUACUCCCUAUCACUUCCUGACCUCCUCUUCUUUAAUUGUUAUUGUUACAUACAUAUGCACACAUAUGUCAAAUACAAGCUGCUGUGUCUGUUCAGUGUGGCUUGCGUGUACAUGAUUUCAGGGCUGACCACUUGGUAUCGGAUCACCAGUUAGAGGGCUCCUCCCCCCAGGUAGACCACUUCCUCUUCUCUCAGAAUCAACUUGAUAUUUCUCUCUGCUCUUUACUUAAGAUUCAUCCCAAACUCCUUGGUCUAGCACACAAAGCUAAACAGAAUCCAGCCUCUGUCUGGAACUAACAAUUCCCUAAAGACUAUAAAAAAUAUCUUUUCGUUUCUACAUUUAUUUAGCUCCACAUCUUCCAUUUCUGUGUUUAACGUAGUACACUAGACAUAGUACCCAUACACUGUGUCAUCAGUCAAGACAAUACAUAGGUGUCAUAGCUAUGGAAAGAAGGGCAAAUUACCAAGGAUAUAGUUAUUUAAAUUACAUGCUUUUUGGUUCUCAUGGGAUAAAAUACCUGUUUCUGUAUCUAAUAAUCCUGCAUCCACCUUCGUGGUGAGCCAGGCAGACGGGGCCCUAUCUCAGUCCCACUUAGCCUUCAACACUCUAUUAGCCCCUGCGCUAGAUAAUAACAGUAUGUUCAUAGGGUCUCUAGAUGAAAGAAAAGGGUUACUCACUCAAAAUUAAAAGUCAAAAUAAUGAACUUAAUAUAGAACUAAGCCCUACUUUAUGCACGAUAACAAAUAUCCUGAAGCAACACCGGGGGAUGUUAGGCAUUAAUUAUUUUUUAAAUCGCCCAAUUAUACAUCAUUUCAUGCUAAUCUAAAUGAUGCCAUUUCUCUCUCGGCAGACACCGCUCAACUCGAGACAACCCCCAUUAUCUGUGUAUAAAAAGCUCAAAGAACCCACAAGCCGGUGAUGUUUUGUUCUCCUUUGAAGUUACAGCUGCCCACAGACAAGCGGAACAUUAGGCCCGGCACCAUGUCUCUCCGGUUUUCUGGCGGAUCCAGGCACGUUGGCCUGCAGUCCGGAUCCCUGAGGCCACCCAGCGGAGGAGCAGGCUUUGCAGGCAGCAGCGCCGGCGGCGGCAGUUCGGCUACCGGUAGUGGAUUUUCUUGGGCCUUAGGAGGGACACUGAGCGGUGCUCCUGGUGGGAGCCAUGCCACCGGUGCCCUGGGAAAUGCUGCUGCUGUUGGCUUCUCUGGAAAUGAAGGGGGUCUCCUCUCUGGGAACGAGAAGGUCACCAUGCAGAAUCUUAACAGCCGCCUGGCCUCUUACCUGGAUAAUGUGAAAGCCCUGGAGGAGGCAAAUACCGAGCUAGAGAGACAGAUCAAGAAUUGGCAUGAGAAAUACGGACCCGGAUCUUGCCGUGGACUUGAUAAUGACUACAGCCGGUAUCAUCUGACCAUCGAGGACCUUAAAAGCAAGAUUAUCUCUUCCACGGCUGCUAAUGCUAAUAUAAUUCUGCAGAUUGAUAAUGCCAGACUGGCUGCUGAUGAUUUCCGACUAAAGUAUGAAAACGAACUCACCCUACACCAGAAUGUGGAGGCAGACAUUAAUGGGUUGCGCCGUGUCCUUGAUGAGCUGACCCUCUGCAGAACGGACCAGGAGCUGCAGUAUGAAUCACUGAGUGAGGAGAUGACGUAUCUCAAGAAGAACCACGAAGAGGAAAUGAAGGUUCUGCAGUGCUCAGCGGGAGGCAACGUGAACGUGGAGAUGAACGCAGCCCCGGGCGUGGACCUCACCGUCCUGCUGAACAACAUGCGAGCGGAGUACGAGGGCCUGGCGGAGCAGAACCGCCGGGAUGCCGAGGCCUGGUUCCAGGAGAAGAGCGCCACGCUGCAGCAGCAGAUCUCCAAUGACAUGGGUGCAGCCACCUCGGCCAGGACGGAGCUGACAGAGCUGAAGCGCUCACUGCAGACUCUGGAGAUUGAGCUGCAGUCUCUCUCAGCAACGAAACACUCGCUGGAGUGCUCCCUGGCGGAGACCGAGGGCAACUACUGCUCGCAGCUGGCUCACAUCCAGGCUCAGAUCAGCGCCCUGGAGGAGCAGCUGCACCAGGUCAGGACCGAGACCGAGGGUCAGAAACUGGAACACGAGCAGCUGAUGGACAUCAAGGCCCACCUGGAGAAGGAGAUCGACACCUACUGCCGCCUCAUAGACGGAGAUGGAAAUUCCUGCUCCAGCGCAAAGGGCUUUGAAUCUGGGAGCUCAGGGAAUUCACCCAAAGAUCUAUCCAAAACCACACUGGUCAAGACGGUGGUUGAAGAAAUAGAUCAGCGUGGAAAGGUUCUGUCGUCGAGGAUCCACUCCAUCGAGGAAAAGAUGUCCAAGAUGAGCAACGGGAAGGCUGAACAGAGGGUUCCCUUCUAACUCUCACACUAGGGGAGAGAAUAACUCCGGGGCGGAGCCCACACAGCGGCACUGUUCUACAUCUCAGGGAGAACUGAAACGCUUUCUACUAUUACAGAUGAGUGACCUUAGACAAAAUAUACCUGUUUUCUUUCGCAUGAUGUUGGGUGUUUCUGUUCCAAAUAAACAAAA